AUGCGGGUAGAGGGAGAGAUUGGUGGGCGCCCCAAUGACGUCAGGGCCGAUCGUCAGGCGCAAACGGGGUUGGCACCGUACUACGUCAGAAUGACGAGCCGAUAAACCAUCCCAUCGUGAUUCUCUGCGGCGGGCGGGCCAACGGUCUUGGGGGUGACCGUCGGUUCGCGGAGAAUGGCGAGCUCCGGGUCGGUGGCUGUCGACGGGGUCGGCGAGAACAAUGCCACGUCCGGAGUCGAUCCCGUUGUCCCCAGGAAUCCAUUAGUCUGUGGUGUCUGUCAUGAUUAUUACAACGAGCCUUGCCUGCUCUCCUGCUUUCAUACUUUCUGCGCCCGCUGUAUACGUGGCCCUCAUCUCGACGGAAAAGUCUCCUGUCCCAUCUGCGGGCAACAAACACAACUUAAAGAGGGUGCACAAUUACCACCACCGGAUCAGUUGAUACGUCAACUAGUAGAACUAGCUAAUUCUGAAAAUCCACCAUGUGCCAAUUGUGAUAAGCGAGACAAAUCUACUAUGUUCUUCUGCACAACAUGUGGGCAAGCACUAUGUACUCAUUGCAGAGAGCAUACACAUCGUGCAAAAAUGUUCUCCUCUCAUGAGGUGGUACAUAUGAGUAAAUGUGCAAAAGAUACUCAACGUCGUUGUCCUUCUCAUGGGGAGCAAUAUAUCAUGUAUUGUCAAAGCGCCAAAUGCAUGCUUUGUGCAACUUGUUUUCGUGAUACACCGGUAGACGCUCGAUUACAUUGCGUGGACAUCGAAAGUGCUUGGCAACAAGCUUCAAAAAAAAUGGAAAGAGCAGCAAAUUCAAUUUGCGAAUUGCAGGCAGGCGUAAGAGAUGGAGUUUUGGCAUUAAAGUCACAAUUGGAUGAAUUACGGCAUAGCCUGGAAUCAGAAAAACGCGCAUUAAAUUCAUUCUGUCAAGGAAUGCAAGAAGCGAUUACUAAAACGCACGCAUCCGUUCUCACGGAACUUCAACGUCAAUUUGAAAUAAAGGAAAGAAUGAUUCGGACUCGAUUGCUAUCCUUGGGUAGUGCACUUCCAAUAUUACAGAUGCAUUUAAUGCUGUGUACGGCUUUUACAAGUGGUGCGACAAAAUAUCAAUUUCUUGAACUCGCACAUCCCAUGCUCGAAAGAUUGAGUCGCGUAGCUCAACUUGGACAUCCUACAAGACCUCCUCUACUUGCUGCUCAUUUGAAAAUAAAUUAUAGAAGCGAUUUUGCUCGUACGUUACAGCCUUUCAUUGGUCAGGUACAAACGCCGAAAGAAUCAUUGUACGAUCAGACUCAUACGAUGACCCAACAGGAACCGCAGGUUAUACAGAGCAGCAAGUCUGCUCAGAGAAUCCAGCCGAAGAACGGAAGUGACAGUGGGCCAUUUUCCAACCAUUGUCGCACCUUCGAUACCCAAUUGAAAGAGCUAAGUCAACAACUGAUGACGGUGAAAGAACGUUUAGGAGAACUUCAUCGAGACGUCGCACUACUUAGAAGAGCGAAUACACCGCCUGUGGGUACGCGUUACGAACACGUGGCGAGAGAUUGUCGCGUGUUGGAACAGCAAUUGGAACAUCAUCAGUUAGAAUUAGAACGAUUGAGAAACGUUUUUGACGCUUUGUGGGAAGAACAAUUGUGUAGGAUUCAUAUAGAGAAAGAAAUUUUUCAUUCUCAGAUGGACGAUAUUCUAUCUUUAAGGAGCGAAGUGAAACAAUUACAAAGUCUUACACAGCAAUUGGAACCAUUUGUGAAAUCAUUUUCUACAGGAGUUUCCGCAGGCGAAGUGAGCAUGGCUGCUUCGGAUGCUUCCAGUAAUCAACAUCUGCAAGCUUUAUUAGAUCACUUAGCUCGCUUACAGAUGCAGGAACCACCUCAGUCGCAAACUCAAGCACCGACUAAGGAUCAUCGUCAUCCACGAGGUACUAUGAUCAGUGCUGACAACGCUCUUUACAUGAAGGAAACGAAAGAAAUGCCGACACGUUGUCGGACACCGUCAAGCGUUGGUGCCGUAUUAGACUCUAGCGGUAACAUAGUCGUAUAUGGUACUGCCAAAUCUUCCGAUCCGAAAAGAGGAGUCCUGAGAGAGCUCAUUGAAAAAGCUAGAACGAAAGAGGAUCGUAAGAAAUCACCCGGAAGAGAUGACGGUAGUCGAGAUCGUAGUCAAAGCCGACGUUCAAGAAAAUCACCGGAUGGUACAAAACCUAAAACACCACCAGGACAUUCAUCGAGUAGUAAGGUUCGAUCGUUGUAUCGUUCCUUGAAAGGUGCAACCGGUGACACGUCCGCUGAGGCACUCGAUCAACCAGAAAGAUGUACGGAUGGUCAACAGCAACAGCAACAGCAGCAGCAACAACAGCAACAACAACAACAACAACAACAACAACAACAGCAACAACAACAACAACAACAAGCACAAUCAGGUGGAGAUGAGGGGGAAUAUCAACGAAUUUCCGAAGCUUCUAGCAUGGGCGAGGCUAAAAAACGAGUCCAAGCGCAAGUACAUCCUAUACCACCUGACGAGCAACAACAGCUAUCCAGUGGGAAGGGUACAAAGGUGUAUCCGGCCAGCGACUCCGAGGAUGUCUUUUAUGCGGAUGAGAAGACUCCUAGUGAUGUACGAAGACGCAGACGUGCCAGCUGUGACAGCCUAAGUACAACCGGUUCCGGUAGCAGAAGAUCGAGCAUCGUUGACGGGACGGUAGGUCAAACCUCGCAGGAUGCCAGGAAAACAUUCGUUGUUUUGAUUGGAUCAACACCUACGUCGUCAUCUCUGGUGCAGAAGCAGCGUUCCUGGGAAACCUUUCCUCGACCAAAGAGCAAAAGAAGUGGACCCGGUGAAGCUGCAUCCUCCUCCCUGGGACAACUUAAAAGAGCAGACAGCUUUGAGGGUCACGAGGAAGCUGUACGAACGUUGGUUGCUGCGGUACAAGAAACCAGAUCGCAUCUGCGCCAACAUCUUCUUCAUCAUCAUCGUCAUCAUCGUAAGAGCAAGACGAAUUAAGAAUUGAAGGGAGUUGAACUAUCGAAAUGAACACACGUCCUUAUGAAGAAGAAAAAUAAUGAAAUUCAAUUUUCGAAUCUC